CCAUCGCCGGGUGAAAUUUGUCCGUCUUUUUCCUCCGAAACAAAGAAAAUCGGCUGUUAGGGCUUUGCGAAUCAUUCCAUCCAUUUUCCGCAGCCCCUAUCUCGAGUUUCUCUCGAUAUUUCUUCUGCCGCAUACUCUCAAAGGUCGCCGUUCCUGGGCUCGCUGUUCGCUGUCUGCAGCUUACUCUUUCCCCCAGGCCGACGGGCAAACAGAUUCAUCUCUGCCCUCUCUUCGGCGGACGGCGACAGACAAUUCUCCCCUUCAGCGGCAGUCGGUUUAUUGUCUCUAUCUCCCUCGCUCUCCUGCCGCCGCCCCUCUAUCUCGUUCUCUCUCGCCGGGAAUCGCAGAGGUCGCCGAUCUUUGGAUCAGUGUCUGCGGCUUCCUCGGGGGGCCUCCGGCGAACAGAUCCAUCGCUUUCUCUGAGGCAGACGGCCCCGACCAUCGUCCCCUUCCACGGCCUGUCUCUUGGUUGUCCGUGUGUCUUUCUGUCGUGUUCAUCGCACUGUGACGGCAGAAAGUAUUGGCUUGCAGAGGAGGAGUAAGGAUAUGAACAUUAAAGAUUGCUCAUGACAAAUAUAUAGUCCUUCGAUAGGUUUCAUACAACCAGUAGCCGAAACUUCUAAAAGAUAAGAUCCUUGAAGGGGUAAUUGAAGGAAAUCAGUCAGAAAUAAUGGAUCCUGGUCGCUAUGUUCUUCAGCAAGGAUGGGAUACUAACAGUGCAUUGGAAGGGUAUGGUUCAGUUCUUGAGCCAGACUUUAGCAGAGUUGGCAGUUCAUAUGGUGAAAGAAGAUAUCUGGAUGGAAGUCUAUCACGGGACAAUGCCUAUCGAAGAGAUGGCUUUCAUCGGGACAUGGUUGAGAGAGAGAAUUAUCCUUCCACAUCACCUGUUCCUGGCAUGUGGUCACAACAGAGAAGACAUAGUUAUGACGAAGAAAUGCCCCUUGCCCGGGAGAGUAGAAGACAUGAAAAAGAUCCCUAUGUGGACUCUUUCCAUGAAGAUCAUUAUCAAAAUAUUGAUAAGUACCAUGAAGUUGAUUCCUUUCGUGAAGAUUUCAUGGAGGUGGAUGACUAUGGAGACGCUGAGGGAUACCGUGAUUAUGGGUUUGAUAGGUCUAUAAGGCCUGGUGUUCGUGAUCGCGAUAGUGUUGCAAGUGAUGACUAUGAUUAUCGCCAUCGUGCUUCUCACCAGAACAGGGAGGAUAGUCGUGAGAGAGAUUAUGAUUACUCUCGGCAUCACUAUGACUCUGACCAUGAAAGGAGCAGAAGAGAGAGUGGCUGGCGUAGGCGUGAUCGUGAAAGAGAUAAGAGAUGUUCUAGUCGUGAAAGGGAGCAGAGUCCACAGAGGAGGCAGCAUGAACAUUCUCGGUCUCGUGGGCAUGAUGAGCGGCAGCGAUCUAGAUCUCCUCGAAGUCACAGCUAUGGACGAAGCCACAAAGAGGGCAGCUAUGAUGAUAAUCGCUAUGACAGGGGUGAGAAAAGGAAAGAUCGAGAUGAUAGGCGUCAUCAUGAGAACUUGACUGUGGCUCCUUCAGCAACACUCGUGGUGAAGGGCUUAUCUCAGAAGACUACGGAAGAAGAUCUAUAUCAGAUUCUUGCUGAAUGGGGACCCCUUCGACAUGUUCGUGUGAUAAAAGAACGGAGUUCAGGCAUCUCACGUGGAUUUGCAUUCAUUGAUUUUCCUUCUGUGGAAGCUGCACGUGGUAUGAUGGAUGGGAUUGGGGAGGAUGGCCUGGUUGUUGAUGGGAGGAAGCUUUUCUUUGAAUAUAGUAGCAAGCCAACUGGUGGCAUGAAUUCUGCUGGUCAGGACGGUGCUACGAGGGCAGUUGGCCAUGGAAGCAGAAGUAUGGGUGCAGCGUCUGAUUGGAUGUGCACUAUGUGUGGUUGUGUUAAUUUUGCACGUCGGACUUCCUGUUUUCAGUGUAAUGAGGGACGGACUGAUGAUGCUCCAUCUGCUGAUAUAGCUACAUCUAGUGCAAUGCCUGCUGGAAAAAGGGGGGGAGAGACUGGUCCCACUCAUGUUUUGGUUGUUCGAGGUUUGGAUGAGAAUGCUGAUGAGGAGAUGCUCCGCUAUGAGUUCUCCAAGCAUGCUCCAAUUAAGGAUCUAAGGCUUGUUCGUGACAAGUUCACUCAUGUUUCUAGGGGUUUUGCUUUUGUUCAUUUUCAUACAGUAGAAGAUGCUACCAAAGCGCUUGAAGCAACAAAUGGCACAGCCCUUGAGAAGAAUGGUCAGAUAUUACGUGUAGCAUAUGCAAAAAGCAUUCAUGGACCAGGGCCUGGAGCAUCUGGCAGUUCUCAGUCUAGCAGCCUAGCAGCUGCUGCAAUUGAAGCAGCUGCAUUUGCACAGCAGUAUGAUGCUGCUGGUUGGGCACCAAAAGAGUAUAAUCCAGAGGAAAAACAAUCUACUGGUGGCUAUGAUCAAGACACUCAUCGAGCUAAUGACAAAUCAGCACUCCAAUCAGGCUUUGUCUGGGAUGAAGCUUCUGGCUAUUAUUUUGAUGCUGCUUCUGGAUUUUAUUAUGAUGGCAACACAGGACUUUAUUAUGACAGUAAGAGUGGAACCUGGUACUCGUAUGAUCAACAAAGUCAGCAGUACACACCUUAUGUUGGUCAAGGUGACAAGGCGUCUGAACAAUCAAGCGUUGAACCUUCCAAGGCAGAUGGUUCAAGCAGCAAAAAGAUAGUAAUAUCUGCACCUCCUUCUACAACAGCAACAAAUCAAUCAUCAGAGAAGAAAGCUUCAUUACCUGAUGCUGUUCAGGCUGCCGCUAGUGCUGCCUUGGCUGCAGAAAAAAAAGAGAAAGAGAAACAGAAGGAGAUCAAAUUAGCUUCUAAGAGUAGUAUUCUUGCUAGUAAAAAAAAGAUUAAUAAUGUUUUAACCAUGUGGAAACAGCGGAAUCAUGAGGGUCAGGCAGCUCGUGUAGUCCUCGACGAUGAUCACUCCACAGCUUCUUUGGAUGAUAGGCCUGGCAUUUCUUCCAGUGUGAAUAAAUAUAAAUCUGAUGUCACUGCAAAAGAUACGUUUACCUCUGCUCCUGUUUCAGCAUCACUAAAUCAUGGGGCUGGUAGCAGCAUUACAUCAACUGCUGAUCAGUCGGCUAUGGAUGUUACUGCUAAGCCUCGUCCUGUGAGCAAUAGCUUAGGAGGCACAAUAAUGGGAGUUAUCAGAGGUUCUGGAAGAGGAGUUGUAAAGUCAGACACCAUUUACUCAGGCUCAUUAUCAUCAGUAGUUACUGGUAAUAGUGCAAAUUCAGCGGCUGCUAUCUUGUCAUCUCCCGCUUUAUCUCCAGAGGCACCAGCAGUUGUAACCCCGUUCAGAACAGAUGCUUCUGCUUUGGGUUCAUAUGCACCUGCUACUGGAGGUGCCACCAAGAGGCGAUUUUCAGAGGCACCAGCACAGCGUCCAAAGGAGCAGCAGCCUCAGACAUUGUACAGGGACCGAGCUGCAGAAAGAAGAAGCCUUUAUGGAUCAUCUGCUGGAAACAGUAUGUCAGACCUUGAUCUCGAUGAAGGAAGUCAUGGUGGCAGUGCGAGGGGGAAGGUUUUGUCGGACAUGAAGAUGCCUUUUCCUCCUGGAGUUGGGGUAGGAAGGCCCGCUGCUGCAGGUGAUGGAGAAACAUUUGAAGUUAUUACAGCUGACAAAGCCAUUGACGAGAGCAAUGUUGGAAAUCGUAUGCUGAAAAACAUGGGCUGGCAGGAGGGCUCGGGUCUUGGCAAAGACGGGAGCGGCAUUGUUGAACCGGUUCUGGCACAGGCUACUGAAGAGAGGGCUGGAUUGGGUAGUCAAAGGAAACCUGAUCAUUGGUUGGAGUCUCAGUCAGGCGAUAGCUACAGGAGUAUAUUGCAGAAGAAAGCUAUGGCAAGAUUCCGCGACAUGUCAUGAGAUGCAGACCUGCGUCCUCCAGUGAGGGUAUAUAGGCACUUCUCUGUUGUGUAAAUUUUUUCUUGAAAUAUUGGGAGCUCUUCUUUAUGCUGCAAGUAUAUUUCUUGUAAGGAAAGCCUAAUGUAAAAGGGAAGUUAUUAUCCUGCAAUUCGAUUUUGCUUCAAGCCUA